AUGUGCCAGGCAAAGUCUCCCCUGGAGUAUGUUACCCCCUCUCGCCUUCGCGACCUGCCGUGCAUAGAACACUGCCCCAGCACUUCUUUGGAGUGCGAGAGGAGGCGCGCUCUCGCAGUUCAUCCAUUGCGGGCCAAUCAGAUACCCGUAUCCUGUCUCUUACCUUCGUUUAACGCCUUCCUCUACGGUAUCUCCUCCGCGAACGAGUCUCUGCGUGGGGAACAUCCCGCAAGAUGGCAGUCACUUGGCACACCCCCAUCACCGCACGUAAAGUUACCAUGCGGAAAAAAACGCGUAGGUCUUCUGCCAGUGGAGCACGUUCCGAAAACAAUGCAGCCAACGAGGGAGCCGCAACAUGAGCCGAACGUGAGCCGAACGUAUCUGCACGCAUCCAACGAGAAAGCCGCCCACCAUGCAUGCAACCUCUCUCUCCAGACGCGCCACGACACUCUCGCGAGCAUGUGGCACGUGACGCGCCCCGCACACCUCCUCAGCUCACGACGCGCACGGUUCCACGUCAACUCUUCUGCGCCCUGCCACGUACAGUACACGUGCAGCCAAUUUCGGGCUGUAGUUAGCCCAUAUCAUUUCAUCGCAACAAUCUAG